AUGACGGGCAAAAGCAAGAAGAAGAAGAUGGUCCUUAAGGCAGUCUCUGUUGUAGACAACAUCGGAUGCAGCAACUGUAAGUUCCCAAGCUUGUCUUCUUUUUUCAACCGUUUCCCCAAAAAGCCCCGAUUCUCCUCCUCUUAUUACGGCCAAUGCCACUCCUCCACCACCACAACCGCCUCAUCCUCCUCCGCUAUUCCCUCCACCACUAACUGGUUCUCAGACACUUCUUCCUCCUCCGCCACACCUUCCACCGCCGCCGUCGCCAUCGAGAAAGAUUCCGACGACCCUUACCUUGAUUUCCGUCAGUCAAUGCUUCAAAUGAUUCUCGAGAACGAGAUUUACUCUAAAGACGAUCUUAGAGAGCUUCUUCACUGUUUCCUCUCCCUCAAUGAGCCUUACCAUCACGGCAUAAUCAUCAGAGCUUUCUCUGAGAUAUGGGACGGAGUUUUCUCCGCCGCCGUCAACCGCCGUGCCGGCCUCCAGGAGUCACCACUCGUACGUCGUAAUGGGUCACGUGCCUCACGUGAUUACCAUAACCACCACUACUAG